AUGUCGGGACGGCUCCUUUUCUCGCAAGAAUCCCCGCCGGGAGCAAAGAAAAGGAAACGGGCAACAAACGCUUGCUUGAGAUGCCGGUUGAAGAAACAGCGCUGCGAUGGGAUCAGCGAGCCAUGCGGCAAUUGUGCGAAGAACAAUUCAGAAUGUGUCUUUCCUGACGAAAUUAUGGGCGAAAGGUUUCUCAGACAACACAUCGCCAACCUCGAGGCUCGAGUCCGGGAACUGAGCUCUGCUCUCAAGGAAAUUGCUCCCGACCAUUCCGUACUUCAGACAACGGAUGCCGAGGUUUUGAGCGAACAGGAUCUAGUCGACGGUUUCGGAUUUCUUAGUUUGACCUCCGGAGCUGAGCCUUUAUAUGUGGGAGGAAGCUCGGGCGCUUCUUGGGGGCGGAUUUUUUCCUCUGCCUUGUGCAAUCAAACGGGAGAAUAUUUUUUCUUUUCUGAAAGCUUGAUACCUCCAAAAACAUCGCCGGAUUCAUUGAGCUCUGAUGAAUCUCUGGGAUCGAAACUCAAUUCAUCAUAUGAAUCCUCGGCACCAGCUGUCAUAGAUUCUAGCAACUUCCAUGCAAAUUUUUUGAAAAUGAAGUCGGGUUUCAUCUUUCCUCCUCUUCCGCAAGAUGAGCGGUUAUCCGACGAAAUUUUUGCCACAGUUUUCACAACCAUACAAGCACGACACUGCUUCAUGAACUUUGUUGUGCUAAAAAAAUGGUACAACGAAAGAGAUAAGUACUGCGCCGCCGGGCAACCCCUUGUAGCCGACGGACCACGUACGGCGGCUUUUUUCCUCUGGUUGACCUACGCUCUCGGUCUCAGGUUGUGGGAGAUGCGAGGAAGGGUUAUUCCGGGUUUGCCAUCGCACGAGUAUUAUUUUCAAGCUGCUCUACAGUACUACGACCACGUUUCUUCUAACACGACAACCAUUCAAGCUUUGCUCUUCCUAGCAAUGUAUUCUUUCCGCUCGACUAAGGGCCUUUCCACUUGGCAUCUGACCGGUCUCGCAAUGAGAACUGCUUUGGAAUUGGGGCUGCACAGAAAAACACCCAAGGCUCAACAGCUUAGUGUGUUCCACGAGGAGACGAAAAAAAGGAUUUGGUGGAGCGUCUAUGCAUUAGAGAGAAACAUAGCAUUUCAAUUAGGACGACCGAUAGCCAUAAGAGAAGAGGAGAUAGAUAGCGAGCUCCCUCUUGAUAUCGAUUGUCAUAUCACCGACAAUGAACAAAUUCUAGCGCGGCGUGUUGCGAUUGAUAAGAAGCUCUCGGAAACAGGAACCACGUUGGAAAUUAAUCCAUAUCCUUUGGGCUGGACAACAAUGACCCCUUCCUUGCAUCAUUUGCGUCUCAUGAGAAUCUUAACCAAGAUAAAGGAGAAAAUUUAUCAUCCCCGAGCCGCCCAGGAAACGAUAGAGCAGCGAAAUGCUAACCUCGAAUCGCUUGCCUCAGAGCUAGACCAAUGGCGCGCCCUCAUUCCAGCCAAAAACCCUUUAAAUAGGAGUGCAAGGAAUCUAUUUGGAUUGAACUUGGAAACGCACAGCGAGUUUCAACCAGAAACAGAGAACGGUUGGGAUUCCGGAGGGAUUCCCUUCUACACAGGUGAAUGGUUUGAGUUACAAUAUCACAACGCAAUUCAAUCCUUGAUGAUUCCAUCAGCACUGACGGCUUCUCCCGGGAGUCCUUACCUCCAUCGGGCCGCCCACGCCGCUAUGGCCGCAUGCGGGUUACAAAGGAAGCGCUUGCAAAAAGACUAUGUGGCCCCACUAGCUGUUUAUUCUCUCCACAAGUUGUUCAUGUCAGGAGUUUUCAUGCUGUUUGCAUUAGACAAGGAUCCUAGUCUGUCCAUUACAACAGAGGAUGCGUGCACGAAAUCCACCGCGGGACACUCAGGUCUUCAAGAACAGGAUAUUUCCCCCGAGAGACACUUUGCUUCCCCUAAUGGGAUAUCUCCACAAGUCUUUCGACAGGUCAAACACUGUCAGGAAGCAUUAUCAAUUUAUGCUACUCACUAUCCACAAGCAAAACCAUAUGCUCAAUGUUUUGAGAAUAUGUCCAACAUGUGGCUGAGACGAGCCGACAGAAGAGAUAAUCGGCGAGAUCUUUCGGUACAACGGCAUUCGAGCCCGGAGAGAAUAUCCGAAAACGUUCUUGAUGCAAAUCCUGCACUGAUCACCCGAUCGCUGGAAGAUCGAUUCAAUCCAUCUUAUCCCCCUACCCUUUGGAAAGACGACCUGAACCUUCCAGGAAGAAUGCGCUCAAAUUUUGAAGGAUCCGUUUCCUUGGGUUGUGAUGCCAACUUGCAGGUCCAAUCUGGAUCUCCACCAUAUCAUCUCCUGAGCUUAGGCCCUGUCGAACCCAAUUGCGAGCCUUUUCAACUUCUUAAUUCUGAAUGGGAACGUUAUGAAUUGCAAAAACCUUGGAUGCUUGGACGUAUCCAAGGAGAACGUCCAAACGAUUUUAUUCGUGAUAUCUCUGAGCAGCCCGGCCCAAAUUUUUCGCCAUCUAACCAGCCUUAUCCCAGCGAUCUUCGUAAUUCUACCGCUACGUUCACGGAUAGUGUGAGAUCCUUCCUACCGGAAAAUACCAUCGCUCAUGAGAGUCAAGUGGUUUACAAUUUUCAGGACCACCAAGGAAAAAUUUCUGAAUAUUCGCCUGGCAAUGAUGCCUUCAAUGAUGAAACAUUCCAAAACAGCUCUAGUUCGACUACAGAGGCUCAAAAUCUUGAGGUCCCAAGAAGAUACCCUCUCAACUCCGGGGUAUCACCGAGCUUUAAUAACGAGCAGUAUUCGACGAAAGUUCCAGAGGAGGUGCAGGGAAACUUGCGGAAACAAUCAUUCACGAGCCAGCAAACAUUCUUUGGAGAAGAAAUCAAAUCCACCGCUGAUUCAAACAUUGAUGGUUUCCCAAGCUUUCUGGCCAAUCGGCAAAAUCAUAUUUCCAAGCUUGCAGGGGAACCUUGUGCAAGCUCUGAUACCCUCGGCGGAGGUUUGCCUUCGGAUAUUUAUGAUACAUCUCAAAGAAGCAGAUUGUCUUCCAACUCUUGGCUUGGGGAGGCAUUUGAAUUCACGCGGAACACCAACGAUCUCUCUCUACUAGGAAGGGCCCAGGUACCGGAAGUGAAUCUUGGGAGCAGUAAACCAACUGAGGUACAGGUACAAAAUGACGAGUAUUCCUCUCCCCUGUCUAUGAUUUUGAGCGAAGAUCUAGUCCAGAAAAAGGCAUUGGUCACGGACCAUCGUAGGUCAACAUUAGACUCCUCCGAUCAACAAGAUCUCCAAAACUGCAUCAAGAUUUUGCUUGCUGGGAAAGGAGAUUACAGCAAACUGGCCAACAAUCAGUACAGCAAGCUCUCGGGAGACCUGAUGUCCAGUGACCAAGAUGACCAGUCUUUCUGCAAAGGGUUAAAAGCUAUUCAACCUGAAUCUAAAGCCAUUAUAGCAUAA